AAACGAACGAAAACGUCAUCAGUCGCGCAGGUCCUCACUUGAGACGUAGUUGCACCGUUUCUUCUCCUUAAAAUCCCAAAUCUACGCCAAACCGCGAGAAGUCAUCGCCCCACACCUUUCCUGAUGUAACAAUGAAGUACGGCAUCGAAGUUUCCCCCGACGAAACUCCACCCAAGGGGCGAGAAGAGGGAGAAAUGCGGGAGGAAGUGAGGAAGAACCCCGAUGGCGAAGCAGACCCCACGACCAUGGCGAGUCCAGUGCAUUCCCGACUUGCAGGGAUGAAACUCGAAGAAGCCGCCGAUGCCGUCGUGUUCUCCAUCCAGUUCUAUGGCAAGACGAUCGGGGAGGUGGGCUUGAUGGACCAGGACCUGUCGGAGCUGGACUGGAAGAAAUUCAAGUCGUAUCUUUUUCAGAAUCUCCUAAGUAUAAACCAGCAAGACAAUAUAUGUGUGAGUUACAGCGAUGAGGAAGGAGACAAGCUUCCAAUUGAAUCAGACGAGGAGUACAGGGAGGCUCUGAAGGUAGCAAAGAAGAAAGCCGAGAUGCACGACAAGAUGGUGCUGGACAUCACGCGCCAGGGAGGCCUCCCCACGGUCCUGUCCUUCGUCUCCUCAGGGAUCAAGAAGGUGGGAUCGUCUCCCCCCAAGGAGAGGGGAAUGUCCUUCUUCAAGGCCUCGUCUCCCCCCAAGGAGUCUGGGGGAUUCAUGGCCAAGGACUGGAAGCCGUUCCCUCCUUUCUUCAUGCCAGAUAAAGGUCCAAUCCCAGGUCAUGUCCAGGGUAUGUGGGGUUAUGACUGUGAUGAGGCCUUGGAGUGUGAUAAGCCUCAUCACACCACCACAACAGCCACUACCACAACCACAACAACCACUACCACGGCCAUGUCCGCACCCCGCACUGACUGCAAGAAGGGCCCGCCAGUCCGAUCUCUCCGCAACUCUCCUCCCAAUUUGCUAUUCAAGUUUGAGGCACCCUCUCCUAACAUUAAGAGUGAGCCCCCACACUCCGCCACCACCAGUCAGGCUGUCUUUGGUGCAGGUACUGGUGGAUCUGCUGGUGGUGGAGCAAGGUCCAAAGUGCCACAGGAGGCGACACAGCGGCCCGAACAGCCACCUGCUUGGUUCACCACCUACAUGGAGAAGUUCCGCAAAGAGAUCUCUGAGGAAGUGAGUGAGUGCGUGAUGGAGAAGGUCUCGGGCAUGAUCAAGGAGAUGAAGUUUCCCUCAACACCGCGGAAGUCGAACAUCAGAGUCAGUUCAAGUAGUCAUAGCUGA